AUGUUAAGACUUAAAACUAUUUUUAAUUCCACAUAUCAAUUUCAAAGAUUAUUUUCAUUAUACAAAACAAAUAAUGAAAAAAAUUCAAUAUCAUCAGCAGCACAAUUAAAUUCAACAAUAAAAACACUUAUCGAUACAAAACAAUUUAAACAAGCCGUAGAUUUAUGUUAUCAAAAUCUUGAAAAAUGUACAAAUUACACAAUUAGCAUAGCAAUUAAUGCUUGCAAUAUAUUAAAUGAUUAUCAACGUGGUAUCGAUAUUAAAGAAAAAAAUCCAUCAAAUGCACUUAAAAAUUCUUAUAUUCAAACAUCAUUAAUUCGGUUCUAUAGUUUAAUAUCUAAUAAUAUGCCAGAAAAAGUAUUGGAUUUACUUGAUGAAAUGACGUUUAAACUUGACAAGUUUAUUCUGGCAGUUUUAUUAAAUGCAUGUGGUGAAGUUGCUAAUGAUCGAGGGAUGAAGAUUGGAAGAAAACUGCUUGAUGAUAUGCUUAAUAACUAUCAAAAUGAUAUCGUCUUAUUAAAUUCAGCAAUAGAUAUGCUAAUGAAAUUUGGUGAUGUUCAAGGUGCUGAGCGUAUUUUUGAUUCAAUCAAGAAGAAAGAUAUUGUUACUUACGGUGCUAUGAUGAAAGGAUAUAUUAGAAAUGAAAUGUAUGAAAAAUCGUUGGAUUUAUUUGAACAAAUCAACUUCAAUGUAGAUGAUGUAACUUAUAUUAUUGUAAUUAAUGCAUGUGCUCAACUUGCUAAUGAUCGAGCAAUAAAAAUUGGAAAAAAACUUCUUCAUGAAAUGCCUAAUAUUCAUCGAAAUAAUAAUGUAUUAUUAACUUCAGCAAUAAAUAUGUUAAUGAAAUUUGGUGAGGUUGAAAAUGCUGAACGUUUUGUUAAAUUGAUAAGAAACAAAAAUAUUAUGACGUAUGGUGCUUUAAUGAAUGGCUACGAUAUUAAUGGUGAACCGUGGAAAUGUUUGAAGAUUUUGCAAGAAAUAAAACAAAAGAAUAUUGUUCUAAAUGAGAUCAUAUGGAAUUUAGUUAUCGGAUCAUGUUCACAAAUUGGUAUGAUUCGACAAGCUGAAUAUAUAAUUUAUGAUCGUGGUACAGUGACAUACAAUGCGAUGAUUAAUGGAUUUGGACUUAAUGGAAUGGAUUCUGAAGCAAUUGAAUUAUAUAGAGAGAUGCCAAAUAAUCUACAUAAUGAAAUUUCACAUAUUUGUGUAUUAAAUGCAUGUUCUUAUUCAGGUCUUCUUCAUCAAACUCAGAAUAUAUUCAAUGAAAUUAAUUUGAAAAGAGAAAAAAUCGUAACUGUUAUGGUUGAUUGUUUAAGUCGUUUGUUUUUAUUUGAUGAAGCAUUAAAUAUGGUAGAUGAAUAUGAAAAGAAAAACUCACCACAUUUUGUCAUGUAUAUGUGCUUAUUAUCUGGUGCACGUAGUAAUCGCAAUAGAAAUUUAUCUGAAAAGAUAUGUAAUCGAAUGAAAUAUUUGUUUCCUGAUAAAAAACAACGUCUUGUAUCAGGUGUAAUUCUUCUAUCAAAUAUGUAUUCAUCUGUUGGUGAACAUCAAUUAGCAAAAAGCUUUCGAUCUAGUCAAAUAAAAGAAUUAGAAAGAGAAAUCAAAAUAGGAUUAUCAUGGACUGAUGCAAAUGGUGAAAUAGUCGUAAGAUAA